AUGAGCACGACGCCGUCGUCAGCGGCGCAGAUCGGCACGACGGCGUCCCCCUGGCUUCCGCCACUGCUUUCCGAAGCCGCACAGCGCAGCACGCACGCCGCCGCGGGGGACGUGGUUCCGCGGACGGCGCGCGGAUUGGCGGUGCCUAGUCUCGUGGUUCGGGAAGAUUCCCCCCGCGGAGCCGCCGGUUUUGCGGCGGUGCUGGCCGCCUCCGCCGCCGUGCGCAGCCCGAACGCGGAAGCCGUUCGGCGGAAAGCCGCGUUGUCGCUCGAGAUGGACGCGGAGUGGGGCGACGAAGCGCUGGAGGCUUCCGCUGCGGAGCCUGCGAUCCGCGGACGCGUCUCGGAAAGCGCAAGCAACAAGGAAAGCGCUAGCGACAAAGAAAGUGCAAGCGCAGGCCGCAAGGAAGGCGCAAGCAGGAUCUCAGGCGGCGAAGACGGCGCAUGUAAUGGGGAGUCAGUCGCGGGAACGAGCGCCGCCUCCGCGGAAAGCAGUGCCGCUGGCGGUUACUCGUCUGACGACGGCAGUCGCUGCGGGGACGUGAGCGGCGGAUGCUUCCCGCUCUUGCGCUUCAGCCACCACGGAGGGAAAAACGCCGCGGCGGCGACCGCGGCGCCCAAGGUACUUGCCCCAGACCGCGCCGCAGCUGCUUCCGCGACGGCCACAGGCGGUGUUCCGCCGCUUGCGCGCGGCGGACCUUCCGCCGACCUCUUCCGCGCCACGCGCGCCGGCCGCGCGCGGUCGCACUCGGACGAGAGAUCUCCUCGCGAGACGAGCCGCGUUGGCGAUGGCACAGAACAAGCUGCUUCCCCUUCCGCCACUCCCCCUACCCCCACUCUCCCUUCCCCCACUUCCCCUUCCUCCACUCACCUUUCCGCCAUUACUCGUUCCAAAUCCGCCCCUGGGAGCGUACGCAGCUGCGCACCAGGCCAAACUCUUGCCACAUCCCCUUCCCCUUCCCUUUCCCGCUCCCCUUCCCGCUCCCCUUCCCUCACCCUUUCCCCACCCACCCUAGUCCCUCCGACCUCCCCCCAUGCGCCUCUGCCUUCCCCUUCCCCCCCCCCAUUCCGCCAACACAGGCCCUCCCCAACCAUUUUCCCCCGCCGCCCCCCACCCCUUACCACACCCCAGACUCAACCAGACCCUUCCGCCUCUUCCCCCCAUACCCUCGCCUCCCCCCAUACCCCCGCCUCCCCCUGCCAUUCCCCCACCUUCCCCUGCCUCAUCCCCCCUGACCCUUCCGCCAGUCUCCCCCCCAUCUCCCCAUCCAAGCCCCCCUGCUUCCCCACCCGUUCCCCAAGACUUUCCCCCUCUUCCUCCAUCAGCGCCUCUUAUCCUGCUGACAAUCCUGGAGGGGAGAGGCUGGGGGAAGAGGGGGAGGAUGGGAGAGGUUGGGGGAAGAGGGGGAGGUAG